AUGGGGAAAUUAGGGAAGAAAGCAAGGAAGUUUGCAAAGAAGAAUCUUCAGUCUGUAUUGAAAAGGAAGCGAAAAACGAAGGCUUUAUUCAAAAAGAAAUUCUCAAAAGAUGAGCAGAAUGAUGUUGAGGAACAAGAGGAUAAUGCUUCAGGGCUUUCUAAUGGAAGAAUCAUGGUCAUAGAUAACGAUGAAGAUGCUUCUAUUGAUGCUGUCUUUGCUGAGGAUGACAAGGAUGAGGGUGAAGAUGGUUCAGAUAGUGAUGGUUACCUUUCAGAGGACUCAAGUUCUCCAUUUGUUGCAAUAAAUGAGACUCAGAAUAUUAUAGAAGAAGAAAAUGCCAGUAGUACCUAUGUGGCACUGAAUAAGAAUAUUCAUGCAGAUCUGGUCAUGAAAAAGAAAAAAUUGGAUAGGCUAAAGAAGGAUCCAGAAUUCAGCAAGUUCCUAGAAAGCUACUACGAAUCAAUUCAAAUUAUGGAGACGUACUCUGAUGAAGAUGAUAGAAGGGAUCCUGGGCAACAAGAUGAAAAUGACCCUUCCAAAUCUGAGGAAAAACCCUUGACGGGUUCUAUCAUCCGUUCUUGGUGUAAGCUGUUCACAGAAGAGCAUAACCGGUCUGCUCUCAUUAGUCUGUUAAAUGCUUAUCGUGCAGCAUGUCACUUUGGAGCAGAAACGAUUGGUUACAGAUUUCAGAACAGUGGGAGUUUUUGCAAUAUAUUGAUGUUCAUGCUCUCUAAUGCGGAUGACAUAUUUCGAAGGCUAUUCCAAAUUUCGUCCUUGAAUUGCAGGAAAGAGGGCAUACUGGAAUUGAAGAAUUCUUCAAAGUGGAAUGAUUUAAAACCACUUGUCAAAUGUUACCUAAGAAGUACGCUAUUUUUGUUGAAUCAGGUCACUGACUCAGAAAUUUUGGCCUUCACAAUGACCCGACUCAGGGCUUCUCUUCUAUUCCUUGCUGCUUUUCCAUCACUACUAAACCGGCUCAUCAAGGCUACUGUAAAUUUAUGGGCAACAGGUGCGGCAGUUCUAUCAUCAGCUGCCUUCCUUAUCCUAAGGGAUGUGGCUACAAUGUUUGGUUCAAAUUACUGGAACACCUGCUUAUCAAAAAUUUCUGUGGCCUAUCUUGCUCGGAGUAGAGUAUCAGAAAUUGUGGAUGCUAAACAUUUACAGUUCCUUAGGGAUUCCAUAGUUGAGUUGUACUCCCUGGAUGUGCAAAAAUCAUCUGCCAAGGUCCUUGCUUCAAUAAGUCAACUUGCCAAGAUAUUGCAGUGGGCUUUGCAAACAAAGAAGAAGGAAGCUGUUAAAAAGUUAUGCAGUUGGGAGUAUGUAAACUGCAUUGAUCUGUGGGUGAGGUUCAUAUCAGCCAAUAUACAUGAUUAUGACCUUCAGCCAUUGAUGUUUAUGACCAUUCAGAUUAUAAAUGGUCUAGCUUACUUGUUUGCUGGUCCAAGAUAUUUCCCUCUAAGACUCAAGUGCAUUCAGUGGCUUAGUUUUCUUUCCAGUUCUAGUGGAUUUUUUAUUCCGGUUGCUUCAUUUGUGCUGGAUAUUUUGGAAUACAAGGUGGUCAAGGAGGGUGGAAGAUCACGGAAUACCUUCAACACUAUGUCAGUCCUGAAGUUGCCAAAAUAUUAUCUAAAAUCACGAAACUUCCAAGAAGAAUGCCUUCUUUCAAUCAUUGAACAGCUUUCUCUGCACUUUGCUCAGUGGAGUUACCACAUCUCUUUCCCUGAGCUAGCAGUUAUUCCACUAAUUUGUUUGAGAAAGUUUCAUGACAUUACCCUGGCUGAAAAUCUGCGGCGUAUGGUGAAGCGUUUUAUCGAUCAGGUGGAGCAGAAUGUGGACUAUGUACAGAGAAAAAGAGAUGAUGUGCCUUUUUCCCCAAAUGAUUACCAAUCUGUAGACUCGUUUCUUCAGCUUGAAAAGUCCAGUCCCCAAGCACCAUUUACUCAAUAUUGCAGAGGUGUCCUGGAAAAGGCAUCUCAAAGGAGUUCGCGUACAUGUGGAAAGAUGAGCUUGCUGGAGCCGAGAAAAUCAAAGAGGAACAAAGCAGAGCAUAGAAAGGGAAUUGCCGCUAAGGAAAAUCACCCUGCGGAUGAAAAUGGAAUUGUUGGUUCAAAGCGGAAAAGAAAAACUGUAAAAGAGGACAUCGCAUUUCAGAUAUGGGAAUCUGAAAAUUUGUUGAUUAUGCAAUACCUGUUGCAGCCACAGAAAGAGCCCUAG